AUGAUCUCUGCGAGGAGGAUGCUGCAGCAAGCUCUUAAAGUGUCCGGCCGGAGCGCCUCUCCUCUGGUGAAGUGGAUGGAGAGGUGGGCUGAGAGCGCAUCAGCAGCUCCGGAGGGGACCAAGGCGCAGGCAGCGAGGUCGCUGAACGAGAUGCCCGGACCGUCGGUCGCCAGUUUCGCCUGGGACUUGUUUGCCAAACGGGGGCUAUCACGACUCCACGAGUUACAGCUGGAGGGGGUGCAGCGGUAUGGGCCCAUGUGGAAGGCCAGUUUUGGUCCCAUCCUGACCGUGCAUGUGGCUGAGCCAGCUCUCAUAGAGCAGGUACUGAGGCAGGAGGGCCAGCAUCCCAUGCGCUCUGAUCUUUCCUCCUGGAAAGACUACAGGAAACUCAGAGGACAUCACUAUGGACUCUUAACAUCUGAGGGGGAGGAAUGGCAGACGGUGAGAAGUCUCCUGGGGAAGCACAUGUUGCGGCCAAAGGCGGUUGAAGCUUAUGAUAAAACCCUCAACAGCGUGGUCAGUGACCUCAUUGCCAAACUUCGCCUCCUCAGACAUCCCCAAGGCCUCGUCACCGACAUUGCCAGCGAGUUCUACCGCUUCGGCCUGGAGGGUAUUUCCUCGGUGCUAUUUGAAUCCAGAAUUGGUUGCCUGGAUCCGGUUGUUCCUGCAGAAACAGAGCGUUUCAUCCAGUCCAUCAACACAAUGUUUGUGAUGACGCUUCUGACCAUGGCCAUGCCAAGCUGGUUACACCUGUUGUUCCCAAAACCCUGGAACACUUUUUGUGAGUGCUGGGACUACAUGUUUGAGUUUGCUAAAGGUCACAUCGACCAACGUCUGACGGAAGAAGCAGAGAAGGUGGCCCGUGGAGAGAAGGUGGAGGGCCGAUACCUCACCUACUUCCUGUCCCAGACGGGGCUGCCCAUGAAGACGGUCUACAGCAACGUUACAGAGCUUCUUCUAGCCGGAGUUGACACAAUCUCCAGCACAAUGUCCUGGUCAUUGUAUGAACUUUCACGUCACCCAGAGGUGCAAGCCGCACUUCGAGAGGAAGUGUUGUCCGUAAUGGAGGGUCGCAGAAUACCAGAGGCAGCAGACGUGGCCCGCAUGCCGCUCAUGAAGGCCACCGUUAAAGAAGUGCUCAGAUUAUACCCUGUUAUUCCAGCCAAUGCAAGGGUCAUCACAGAAAGAGACAUUCAGGUUGGAGGCUACCUCAUUCCUAAAAAUACUCUGAUUACUCUGUGCCACUUUGCAACAUCUCGGGAUGCAGCGGUGUUUCCAAACCCAGAUGAGUUCCAACCGCAGCGCUGGCUCAACAGGGACCCGGGUCAUCACCCUUAUUCCUCUGUGCCCUUCGGUGUGGGCAAACGCAGCUGCAUUGGCCGCCGUAUCGCUGAGUUGGAGCUUUAUCUCGCACUAGCCAGGAUUCUAAUCGAGUUUGAUGUGAAGCCGGACCCAGAAGGGCGGGCAGUGAAACCAAUGACCCGAACGCUCCUAGUCCCAGAAAAUGUCAUUAGCCUCCAGUUUAUUGAACGAUGACCUACUCUCCUUGGCUACUCAGUUACAUGAGAGCGCACGAGAAUCUCUCAGAAGCAGAGAGCACCAGAAGGUGAGGUUAUCACAGAAACUGUUCGCCUGGCGCAUGUCAGAGCAGACCUUCAACCUUCUACAUAACCAAGACCAAAGCCCUCCAUACAUGCAACCCAAUUUGUCUAGGCUGACAGGGGGAACAAGAUCAAAAAAUGAAAGAAGGAUGAAGAGCAACCACUCAUCACGUAGCCAUUCCAGUGGAAGCAGUGUAACUCCAAUUUCCAGCAUUGUCUUUUCGAGUAAAUUAGCUGUUCUGAGUGCUUAUUUGCACAGAGGCCAAGAGCAAACCAAUGACCUUCUUCCAGUAUAUGUCACCAUACUGUACAGGCUGGAUGCAGGGUUUAAACUUUUAUUUUAAACUUGAAGCGGGUAAGACCAUUUUCACCUUUCAUGGCAUUUCAAGGAACAUGUCAAAAAUGCUGGGAGCUGCUUUUUCCUGAUCUUGCAACCCCAUCCAAAUGCCUUAUAACCAAUUAUAUGGACACUUACACUUUAUUUUUCCGUAUUUAGUUUGCACCAGUAUCUCUGAAUUACACAGUUUCAUAGUUUCUGACUACACAAGUAUUCAUUAUGCAUUUCUUAAGUAUUUCUGUAUGUGUUACUCCAAUGCACCAGAGAGGCUGUAAAUCUCCCAAAGUCUGAGAUUCAUGGUGCGCUAUAAUUCAGCAUUUUAGAUGAAUGGGAGAGUCACAGGUUGGCAUGGUGCCAUGCUUUUCCAAUCUUUAACUCUACUGAGGUAUUAUGAAAGUUAUGUAAUUACGGUAUUCAGUGUACUGAUGACAAUGUUUUUCAUAAGGUGCUCAAGAUUUAUAAGGGUGCUUGUGUGAUGGGUUUGUUUUGAAAUCUCCACAAGAAUGGCAGCUGUUGAAAACAUUCCUGUUCAGGAAAGAAUGGUGCCACUGUUCAAAAUCCCAAACCGAAGCCAUUCUGCACUCUCAGGCUUUGUAAAACCUGUCUUUGUUGUCUUUAAAUGUUUGUAUGGACAGCACAAUGCAAGCUGCUGUAUUUAUUUAUGUACUUUUAAAUUUUAUAACAUCUACAACCUGUAUGUUACAAUACCAUU